AUGUCUUAUUUUCACGCGCUCCGCAACCGAUUACACCGCUCGCACAGCAAGGACUCGUCGCUGUCCUGCUGCGGCAAACGCGCGAUCCAGAAUAUAGUGUUUCGAGGCCCUGUCUUCGCCGUCCUUCUCGCGCUAUGGCUGCUCUCGGGCGUGGCCUUCGCGGCGUGGCUCUGCUACUCGACGCACGCGACGUACCUCGGCGAUCGCUACCGCCGCCUCGACACGUGGUGCUACGAGCGCGCCAAGCUCUUCGAGCAACACACGCUCACCACCGUCAGCCAGAUACGGACUCUGGCGGGGCUGGUGUCGGUGAUGGGCAAGCCAAGGGGCCAUGGCAACUGGACGUGGGACAGGUGUCUCACGGAGCAGCGCUGGGCCGCCUAUCUUAACAACACCAGCUACUCCCGACCCGGCAACACGGGCGCCAUGGUCUGCCUCUUCGUUACAGAUGCAGAGAGGCCUGCCUUUGAGCGGUUCUACGGCGGCCCCAUUCUCGACUUCAGCAUGUCGCCGCGGCAGCAGCACCCUCUGUACUGCCCCAGGCUGCUAGAGGUGCACUCGUAUUGGAAACCCCAUCUGCUAGUGGACCUCAUGCAGCGCGGCGGUGACGAGCUCGCCUUCCUGCGCAGGACGGGAGACAACAUCUUCACCCGUGUCAUGCCCGUCGGAAACGUGUCCCUCAACCUCACCGGCUUCACCAUCGGGUUCCCCAUCUUGCAGCAUGCGCUGCCACCGAAUCCCACGGAGCAGCAGGCGGAGGAGGCGGUGCUGGGAGCAGCUGGGGCGAAUGUGGACGUCGUGAUGAUCGCCCGCAAUGUGCUGCAAAACGUGUUCGCACCAGACCCCAGCAUCACAUUCGAGGUGUAUGAUACCACGGACCCUCAAGGCCUCACAAUGAUCUACGGCCCGGGCCCACGCCUCGUGUACUACCGCGAGCAUGACAUGCUUCCCAUCACCGACAUCUCGCCCCCCAAUGUCACGCGCCCCUGGGAGGAGCGCUCUGUGGUGCCGCUCGACCUGCUUGGGGGCCGCCUGCGGCGCUACCAAGUGUGGUGCCGCUACGUCGAGGCGCCAAGCGCAUGGCUCUCCUGGUGUGUGCCGUUCCUGUGGGCGGCACUUGCUCUCGUGGUGACGGCACUGAUAGCAGCUGUGGCGUGGCAGCAGCGGGUGGGGUACGUGCGCAGCGAGGAGAGCAUGGCAGCGGCGGACCAGUUGAGAGCGAAGGCGAGGGCAGCGGAGCGCUCGAAGAGCUCGUUUGUGGCGUCCAUGUCGCACGAGCUGCGCACGCCCAUGCUCGGCAUCGUGGGGCUGCUCGAUGCUCUCGAGGACCGCCGCCUCUCUGCCGCCCAGCUGCAGGACGUGCGGUCGGCACGCACUGCAGCGUACGACACGGUGCGCCUCGUCAACCGCGUGCUCGACCUCUCCAAGCUCGAGGCGCGCCGCAUGGCGCUCUGCUGCUCGCCCUUUGAGCCGCGCGCGUGGCUCGAGGAGGUCGUGCUGGGCUAUUGUGCGCGGGCAAGCCACAAGGGCAUCGAGGUGGCAGGCAUGGUGGACACGGGAGUGCCUGCAGUGCUUCACAUGGACACCAUGCGACUCGCUCAGGCGCUCAAAGAGCUCAUAGACAACGCCAUGUGCUACACAGCCCGUGGGCAUGUGCUGGUGCGAGCGUCCGUGUGCCCUGCUGCUACCUCGCUUGAGGACUUUCUCCACCACCACCUCUACGCCCCGCCCCACCCCUCUCCCCCUCCUCCUCCGCCUCGCCGCCCCUGGUUCGUCUCCUGGUUGGCCUACCUCCACUUGCAGCUGGGUCGGCUCUUCAGUGCAGCCACUGCGACGUGCUGGGGGGAGCAGGAGCCGCCAGAUGAGGGUGAUGAUGGUGAUGAGGAUUCCUCACAACUUGCCAUGCUGGGAGAGGAGGAGCAAGAGGGGGAGGCGAGUGGCGAGGGUGAAGGAGACGGUGAAGGGGACGAUGCCAGGUGGAGCAGCGGUGGAGAGGAGAUGCAGCUGGUGCUGUCGUGUGCCGACACGGGCUGUGGGUUUAACUCCACGGGGGAGGAGCUCUCAGAGUUCAAGGGGCGAUCGGAGAGUGGAGGAGCAGGCCUGGGGCUUGUGCUCGGGCACCAGCUGGUGGCCCUCAUGGGCGGUCGCGUUGCCUGCCUCUCCCACCCCGGCACCGGCUCCACCGUCGCUUUCUCCGUGCCCUUAGCCCGAACCCGCUGCUCCCCACCCCCUGCUUCCCCUGCUCCCCCCACUACUGCUCCUGCUGCUGCCACUACUCCUGCUGCUGAGGCAUUCGGGAGAGAGGAGGGCGGGACAGAAGAGCGGGGCGUGAGGUCGGCAGGGAAGGGAUGGAGAUGUGGCCUGUGGUUGGGGGGUAAGGGCGGGCGUGGCAGCAGAUUCAUGAGGUGGAGCUGCCUGCAACUGUUGGAUGCUCGGCAGGCGGGCAGUGCCAUGCAGGGCAGGCGGGAGAAUGAGCCGUGCAGAGCGGAGGCGGGGGGGCAUGCAGGGUGCACGAGGGGCGUUGGGGGAGUGGCUGUGGGCGUGGUGGGGCCGGAAGGCAGCACGAGGGAGCUCACGGCGCUCAUGCUGGCGGGUCUCGGAGCACACGUGCACUUGCUGCCCCGCCCUUUGGAUUGCCCGCACGCUGCUGACGCCCGUGUUGCUGAGGGGGGGUCAAGCAAUGCGGAGGGGAGCUGCGAGGAUGCAGCGAGGGCACAGGGGGAGGCGGAGGAGAUGAGAGAUGGCGCGUGCAGAGAGAGUGGCUUGUGUGGUCAGACGGACGGAGGGAUCAGGGAGGACGGGGGAGAGGGAGGUGGUGCUGGCGAGAGAAGGGAUGGAGAAGAGGGUAGGGAGGGGAUGCCAUGCGUGGUGGUGGUGAAUGAGGAGGACCUGUGGUGGCAGCGGGGCGGCCGAGCAGCAGCAGACAUGCGCUGGGUCAGGGACAGUGAGGCUGCCACGAAGCAGGAGGAUUCCCAGUGUCGGCGGACCGGGCAGCAGGGUGGGCAGGAGGGUGGGGGCAGAGGGGCGGGUGUGGUGGCGCUGGCGCCGGGGGAGGCUGCAGCAUGGCAGGCAGCAGCAGUGGGGCUUGUGAGGCGCUGCAUGGCAGCACACAGGGGUGGGGGGAGAGCUGCGCUGGGUGGAGGAAGAUGGGUAGACGGGGAAGAAACGAACGAAGAGGGAGUGGGGGGAGGGGAUGGAUGGGCAGGGAGGGGGAGAGGGGUGAGCCCCACAGCAGAGAGGCAACCUUGCUGGGAUAGGGUGGCAGGGAUCGUCAUUCUCGCUGCGUACACUGCUGGAUCCAGAAGGGACGAGGAAGAGGGAGGGGGUGAGGGGGAGUGGGAGAAUAGGGGGAACGGGGGAGAUGAGGGUGACGAGGUGGAGGAGAGAAAAACUGCAGGAGGAGGAGAGGAGGAGGAUGAGGCGUGCAAUGAUGAGGGAGGGGCAGGGAGCAUUGGGAGACCAGGACAGGCAUCCCCCGGCCGCUGCACCGCCCCUUUAGCCUCGUCAUUACCUGGCACUGCGUCUGGCAGUGCUACUUCUGCUACUGCUGCUCCCCGUGUGGUGGUGUGUUGCCGCCCGCUGCUCUCCCACCGCCUGCACCACGCCGUCCAGAUAGCAGCAUUUGGAGUGGGUUCCAAUAAUGCAUGGCACGGCAGUACAGGGUGCAAAUGGCAGGAUAGCCCUGAGCCUGCCCGGCAAUCACAGCAGGGCAGGCCACAGGAGAGUGGUAAGGAGAGGUCAGAGCAGCCAAGCUCAGGCAGACAUUGGAAUGAAGAGAAGGGCAAUGGGCCGCAGCAGGGUGGCAGCAGCAGGGAUGAGACUGGGGUUGAUGCAGGGUGCGGCGAGGCCCGGCAGGGUGGCAGUGUUCGGGGUGAGAUGCGUGGGUGUGGUUUUGAGAACACGAGUGCGCGUACAGUGGUGGUGAGGAGCGUGAGUGAGCAUGGUGCAAGCCUGGCAGGAGCUCAGCCUUCUAGCUGCAUGGCAAGUCGGAGGGCAGGAGCAGCGGGGGCACUGGAAGCGGCAGCCGGAGCGCCAGGAGGGGGGGCAGGGGCGGCAGGGGGGGUGGUGGCGGGGUGGCGCGUGCUGGUGGUGGACGACACGGCAGUGAACCUGCUGGUGGCCCGCCGCACUCUCACCCGCUGCGGCGCCACCGUCAGCACGGCGGGCAGCGGGGAGGAGGCGGUGCGGCGUGUGGCGGCGGCUGUGAGUGCGGCAAGCGAUGGCGCGACAAGCGAUGGCAGCGCUGAGCUGGAUGUGGUGCUCAUGGACCUGCAGAUGCCCGCCAUGGACGGGUUUAUGACAACAGAGGCGAUACGCGAGCUCGAGAAGGCUGCAGGUCACACCCCAUCAUCUCGAGAAGAAGGAACUGACGGUGGUGCAGAAACAGGCUCGCAGGGUGGUGCUCCCUCGCACCCAUUGCCUCCAGUCACCACGCUGACACGAGUGCCCAUACUGGCUCUCACAGCAGAUGUGGAUGCUCACAUCACGCGGCGAUGCCUUGCCAGUGGCUUUGAUGGCAUUCUGCAGAAGCCCAUUGACCCCAAGCAGCUCGCCAAUCUAAUGCUACGGAUAGAAAUGCCUCCCCGAUUGGGACCCCUACGAGCAAUUUCACAUCCGACAACAUUGUCGUCGUUUGCAGCACCGACAUUUGGAUCCCAUUGA